UAAUCUUGCUCACAUAACCCCUCCUUUUUCCCUACCCUAGCGACGGCAUCCCCUGUUCGGCUGUUCCCCAACUCCGCGUGCUCCACCGGCGGCAGAUCGGACCAGCAAGGUGACCGGCGGCGGACUGACCAAGCAAGGGUGGGGAGGGCCAGCGGUCCCUGCCCGUGCUCAUGGCCACCCUGCUGGUACCCUCUAUUCGUCCCGUGCUGCGACCGGCGGCGGAUCGACCUAGCAAGGGGCAGCGUGCCGGCGGCGGCUCUGGGAAUGCGCGAUGCCAAGCCCCUCCGGCUUCAGCGGCGGGAUCGGGGCGUCACCCUGCGCCUCCCCGUGCUGUUUCAGCUUCUCGGCUUCCUCCUCGCCUGCGUCGCACGUGGACAGCAGAGCCCACUGCCCCUGUUCCCCCGCGCCGCCGCUCGCCCCGGCACUGUCGGCCGUCGAGAAGCAGCUCAACAACCUGACAACAAUGUUGCCGAGACCAUCUCCGACAACUUCAGCUUCCGUGUCGCCAGCCCGUUAUCAAACCAGAUGAACCUGGAGGUAGCAGUGCAAGCUGCAGCAGCAUUCUUGAACAAAACUGUUGAGUCUGCUCAUGCCUAUCUAUCUGUUGGUCCCAUAUUCAAUGACUACAGCUCGGUUGGAUACUACUCCUGAAGAACGAGAAGGCCAUCAUUUUCCAACCAAAGAGGGUUGUGAUCGGACAUGGCCCUCUCCAACUAGUUGCUGUUAAUAACUUAAAGAAUUUAUACAUUGUACCCAAACAGCUUGCAAGUUUGUGUGGAUGUCACUGUGUGUGAAGGUGUAAUAUUAGAGUAGCAGAAUAGAACAGCUCUGUAAUUGUCACUUGAUGUACUGAAUGAGUGAAGUUAUGGAAUAAGAAAAUGGAAAUGCAACAACUAUAUUUGCAAGCUGA